AUGAUGCAGGAUGAGAUUCUUCACCAUCGUCUCAAAGGUUCUGAUGGGCUGAAUGAUUUGAUUGCAACCACAGAAAAGCUCCUGGAACCUUUCCCCUGCCGUCCUCCUUCUGUCUUCACCCCGUGGUUCUUGCACUCGUCAGCUCAAUGCCCCCUGCCCAUCAGACCGGCCAAACGUGCCCCCGUCAUCAAUGCGGCACGUGUAAAGUGUCGCCAAGAGGCUUUAAACGAAGGAGUCUGCGGAACCGCAAACUUGCCGUCUGCUGACAAGAGUGUGUCCAUCGCUGCAGCGGCAGUCAAACGGUCCUGGAGUGUGUUGACUUCUAAAGACGUGCAUCAGGUGUCGCCUUCGCUCUCGAAGCGCUUCCGAUGCACCGUGUCCGUGCAUGCGCUCCACCCGCGUCAGAGGUCCAAGUGGGUCAUCAGUCGUCACAACUGCGGAGCCACACGAGACAUCGAACAGAUGUGGCGGGCUCUGAGUAGUGCCGCCCGGCAUGCCGGCUUGCCCACGUGCAACGCCAACAUCCAGCGUGAGCGGGCUGAGAUCUGGGUGUUCUGCGACGUGGCCUACUCGGAACAGGUGGGCCACUUCCUGAAGAAGCAUCUGCAGCUGUCGGGCAGCAUCAGGCUGUGUGUGCACAAGCUCGGAGAAAUCUUUAGCUUGUAGCGAGCCGUUCAUCGCCACGGUGGCUCAUUCGGACAUUUUCAGAAGUAUUCACAUGAAUUCAUUUUAUCGUAAUAUUUUUCACUUGUGUAUGUGUAAAUAAAGGUUUAUUCAAAAGUA